UUAUUCACGAAAAUGCUUUUCUGUCCCAGAAACAGAAAAUGCCACCAAACUCUCAGUUCAGGACCUUCAGCUUUCAGCUGACAAAACCACAGAGAUUGGAUUCUUUUCAUUAAAAUCUUCCAUUGAAUCAAUGCUAAAAUGAAUACCCUUAUCGCAAAAAAAUUGAAUCUUCAUAUUUUCCAACAAUUUUCACCUUCAUAUUCAUCCAUUUCCAAGAAAACCUCAUAUCACAUUUAUCCAUUUCCAAGAAAAUUUCCCUGUACUACCAAGACUCUAACUUUCUGUUCUGUUACAGCUUUUGAAUCAUUAUCUUGUGGUGGUUGGGAUGACCCAAGAUUCAUUGAUGAUCCAAUUAACCCUGGUGAGUCCAACCAACUUCACAAUUUUCUUAAUAAACUAGGAGUUAAUGAUAAAAAGUUUGUCUUUGUGUACCUCUUGGGGUUUGUUUGUGCUUUAGCAAUUUCAAGGGUGAAAGUUUCCUCAAUUAUAGCAAUUCCAGGUUGUGUUAUUGUUUUUGCACUUGGGUUUUCAAUUGGGGUUUUUAAUGGUGGUAAAAUGAGCUUAGAUGGUAAUAAGAGAUUGCAUCAAGAUCAAAUUUUUAGAGGUUUUGUUGAGAAACUCAGGGAAUUGGUGGCUUUUCUAAAUGGCUUUGAUGUUGAAAUUGGUAACUUGAAGAAGGGUGUUAGAAAAGGUAUUGUGUAUAAUCAAAUUACUGUGGAAGAUUUGCAAAGUUUUGACAAGAGUCUGGAAUCUGUGAAUUUUUCUGCUCUCAAUGCUAGAAAGGUUAUAGAGGGUUGUAUUGAAAGUUUGUCAUUUGAGGGCCAAGAAUUUGAAAGAAAUAUCAGUCAAAAGUCAAGUAAGAAGAAGAAGGAGCCAGGGAAAUAUGGCUUCGACUUCUCUCAGAUUGCUGCAGGUUUGUUUCAAACAAAGUCGGGUUCGAAGUCUAGUAAGAUGAAAGAUCAUGGUGAGAGUGAGUUGAUGGACACAAAGAUGAGUGGCUCUAAGCAAGGGAAUAUCUUGAAUUCUGCUACUAAAGAAAGACGUUUAAACUCAUCGUUUGAUAUGAAUCUAGAUGGCAUUAGUGGCACUUCGAUGCACAGUUUUGAUGAUGGUACCACUAGGCAAGACAAAGUGGAUGAGAAUUUCAAUUUUUCCGAGAUGGAUAGUAAUACUGUUAAAUCGGUUUUCAACAGAGAAGAGUAUAGUUAUCAGACAAGCAGAGUACAAUUCAUGAGGAACCAACAGGUGCCUCAUAGAACGAGUCAUCCUAGUAAAUUUGAAUCUUGGGCAUCUGAUGAUGGCUUAGUUGAUUCUAUGGAUUUUAGUGUCAAUAUGGAGCAAACUAAAACUGAAGCAUCUUUGUUGCAUGAAAAUAAUGUGGAGAAUUUAGAAGGAAUAAGUAGCCACUUCGGUGAAAAAGAAAAUGAUGAAGAUACUUACAGGCAUUUUGUUGGAGAGGAGAUGAGAGAUCAUGAAAACGAACCCUCCAUGGCUAGAAACGAGGCAUCAAAUGAAUGUGAAUUUGAUUACUCUCCAUCUUCAGCAGGUUCCAUCGAUUUGCAAUUUAAUACGUACCUUACUGAGGCUAAUUUUCUAGUUAAAGAAGCAAAGGACUGUUUAAGGAGGCAAGAUAGUGAGAGGCAUGCUGAGAAUGCGUUUUACGAGUCUGCCAUAUUGCUCUCAAAAGCUAUAGAUAUCCGGCCCAUGAGUUUAUUGGCUGUGGGACAGUUGGGAAAUACUUACCUUCUUCAUGGAGAACUUAAGUUAAGGAUCACUCGUGAUUUGAGAGCUUUACUAACUGAUUCUGUAUCGGUCAAUAAACGGACUAAAAUACGUGAUGCGCUAGAUGAUACGGUUCCAAGGAAAGACAAACUUACAUCUUAUCUUGUAAAUGUCUGUGAAGAGUGUGAAGAAUUACUUAUUAAGGCAGGAAGACAGUAUAGAUUGGCCGUGUCGAUUGAUGGGAAUGACGUGAGAGCCUUGUAUAAUUGGGGGAUUGCUCUCUCGUUGCGUGCACAGUUGAUUGCAGACAUUGGACCUGGCGCUGCACGUGAUGCUGACAAAGUUUUCUUGGCUGCAAUUGAUAAGUUUGAUGCUAUGAUGUCCAGAGGAAAUGUUUAUGCACCUGAUGCUCUUUUCAGAUGGGCCACAGCAUUGCAGCACAGAUCUCGCCUACGACCUAGAACUAGUAGAGAGAAGGUGAAGUUAUUGCAGCAGGCUCAAAGGUUAUACAAAGAUGCCCUUCAGAUGGACUCUGAUAACCUUCAAGCACAAAAGGCCUUGUCAUCCUGCAUAUCUGAGCUCAAGUACUGGUAUAGAUAGUCAUAUGAUGAAUGAAAGUUAUCCUUCGUUUUGACCAUUUGAUAAUAUUAAGCCCUUGCAUAAGCCAAGCUUACACAUCUAGCAUUACUGUAUAUUUGAGAUAAUAAGCAGGGAGCUAUUUCUUUUCCUCAAAAAUUGUUGCUUCCUACAUACAAAUCUCUCAUUCAUCUGUCAAUAAUAGACAAAUCAGAAGGAAACUCAGGCUGCUGUUUCUUGAUUAGUAAACCACUCAAUUGUACUUUGUAUCCUUUAAUUUACUCCAAUUAUAUCUAAAGUUGGAAAGGAAACCCU